CGGGGACGGAGGGGAUUCCCCCCCCCUCCGGGCGUCCUCGUGGAGACCGGAAGCGGAAGUGAGCGGGCGCACGCGGGCCCGGAGGGCGGCCGGGAGGCGGCGGCGGCCGACCUGUUCACGAGAAACCGGAAUCAUGAGUCUCGCACUCAACGAUCUGCUUCUUUGCUGCCGUCAACUCGAGAACGACAGAGCUGCAGAACGAAGGAAAGAAGUGGAAAAAUUCAAGCGGCUGAUUCGUGAUCCUUUAACGGUUCAGUGCCUGGAUCGGAAUUCCGAUGCCCGGCAAGGAAAACAUUUGAAUUGGGACGCCAUUUUUCGGUUUUUACAGAAAUAUAUCCAGAAGGAAACAGAAUGUCUCAAGACGGCGAAACCCAAUGUAUCUUCCUCAACGCAAGCCACCCGACAGAAGAAGAUGCAAGAAAUCAGCAGUUUGGUCAAGUACUUCAUCAGAUGCGCAAAUAAAAGAGCGCCCAGGUUAAAAUGUCAAGAGCUCCUAAAUUUUGUCAUGGAUACCAUAAAGGAUUCAUACAACAGUGCCAUAUACGGAGCGGACUGUAGCACUAUUCUGCUCAAGGAGAUUCUUUCCGUGAGGAAAUAUUGGUGUGAAAUUUCACCUCCGCAGUGGGCGGAAUUAUCCACCCUCUACUUCAGAUUGCACCUGAAACCGUCCAAAGAUAUUAACAGAGUUCUGGUGGCUAGAAUAAUCCAUACCGUGACCAGAGGAUGCUGUUCCCAGACCGAUGGAUUAAAUUCCAAGCUUUUUGACUUGUUUUCCAGAGCCAUGCAGUGUGCAAGGCAGGAGAAGAGCUCUGCGGGUAUGAAUUAUAUUCUAGCGGCUCUUAAUAUCUUCCUCAAAGUCUUUGCGGUGAACUUUCGCUUGCGGAUUUGUAAAUUGGGAGAAGAAAUCCUGCCCGUCGUGCUUUAUAUCUGGACUCAAAACAGGCCAAAUGAUUCCCUGAAGGAAAUAAUUAUCGAGCUGUUUCAACUGCAAGUUCAUAUCCAUCAUCCCAAAGGAGCCAAAACCCGGGAAAAAGGUGCUUGUGUUUCAUCCAAAUGGCAGAGUAUCCUGUACGACAUGUACGACGUAUUGGUCGGCGAAAUAAGUCAGAUAGGAAGCCGAGGAAAGUAUUCUUCGGGAUCUCGCAACAUUGCUGUGAAAGAAAGCCUGAUUGAAUUAAUGGCGGACAUUUGUCACCAGGUCUUUAAUGAAGAUACCCGAGUCCUGGAGAUUUCUCAGUCCUACGCUUCAAAUUCGAAAGAAUGUUCUGAUGGCGGCGCACCCUGUAAAAGGAGAAAGAUAGAACUAAGCUGGGAAGUAAUUAAAGAUCACCUUCAGAAAUCCCAGAAUGAUUUUGAUCUUGUGCCUUGGUUACAGAUCGCAGCCAAAUUGAUAGCAAAAUAUCCUUCCAGUCUCCCAGUCUGUGAGCUAGCUCCUUUAUUGAUGAUCCUACACCAGCUGUUGCCGCAGCGACGUGGAGAGCGCACACCCUACGUGUUGCGGUGUCUGAUGGAAGUCGCCCUGUGUCAAGGGAAGAAACCCGCCCUGGAGAGCUCGCAAAAGUCAGAUCUUCAGAAACUGUGGAUCAAAAUUUGGUCCAUUACCUUUCGCGGGAUCAGCUCUCAGGAAAUAGAAAGAGAAAGCUUCGGCUUACUUGGAACCAUAAUUCAAGGCGGCUUGAUUGAAACGGACCGAGAACUCUGGAAAUUAUUUACGGGAUCUGCCUGCAGGCCCUCGUGUCCUGCAGUGUCCUGUCUGACCUUAGCUCUGACCACUUGCGUGGUUCCAGAAGCGGUGAAAGUAGGAAUGGAGCAGAGCGCUUGUGAAAUAACUACAAGUUGCACAUUAAAAGAGGCAAUAAUGAAGUGGCUGUUGUGUCACCCGUUGGAGAAUGAAAUGGAGGAAAGCGCAGAACUCCUUCCGGUUCUCUGCAGCGACUUCCCUCAUCUGGUUCUGGAGAAGAUUCUCGUGAGCCUCACCAUGAAGAACUGUAAAGUCGCAAUGGAGUUUUUCCAGAAAGUUCCUGGGUGUAAGCAGCACCAAAAAGGCAGAGAGACUACUUUUUCUGAAACGGAAGAACUGUAUCUUCAAACAACCUUCGAUCAGAUGGAUUUUUGUCCCAACAUCAUGAAGAAUGUUCCAGAGGAAACCCAGACCAAUGCAGGUCUUUCGGUCAACCAGAAUCUGAGAGAAACACUAGAACACUGUCUCCUUGGAAUAGCGGAACAGCUUCUAAGUGGUUACUCCUCAGAGACGACAACUUCAGAAACUCUUGUUCGGUGUUCCCGCCUAUUGGUGGGGGUCCUGGGUUGCUAUUGCUACGCCGGUGCCUUAGCCGAAGAUGCGGCGUUUACCUCAGAGUUGUUCCAGAAAGCCAAGUCGCUAAUGCAGUGUGCUGGAGAAAGCAUUGCUUCGUUUAAUGGUAAGGUAAAUGAAGAUUCUAGGAUCGCCUCUCUGAGGAAUAUGAUACUGCUGUGUACAAGCUGCCUGUGUAACUGCACCAAGAACAACCCAAAUAAAAUGGUAUCGGGCUUUUUUUUACGUUUAUUAACAUCCAAGCUGAUGAAUGACAUUGCCGACAUCUGUAAAAAUCUAGCAUCUUGUAUUAAAAGAUUAAGCGAAGUUGCGGAAGUAGAACUAAUAGAAGAUGAAAUCGAUGAGAAUAUAAUGGAGGUAGCGGAUCAGUCAUCCAUGGACCUUUUUGAUGAUCCCGAUGUCUCUGAUAUUAAUGAUGCUAAUGAAGCGGGAGAUGUACAAAAUGUAGUUGGUGCCUUGAGCCCUCUGGCCGAAGAACAUUUGACGAAGCAAGAUUUACUUCUCCUGGAUAUGCUGAAAUUUUUGUGCAUGUGUGUAACGACAGCCCAGAACUAUACAGUGUCUUUUAGAGUAACUGACAUACGGAGAAAACUGUUAAUGUUAAUUGACACUAGUACUCUCGAUAUAUCUAAAUCCCUUCACCUUCACAUGUAUUUGCUGCUUUUAAAAGAACUCUCAGUUGAAGAAUGUCCACUCCCAAUGGAAGACGUCGUCGAACUUCUUAAGCCUCUUUCCAACGUGUGUUCUCAGUAUCGUCGAGACCAAGAAAUUUGUGCGGCAGUUUUGAAGCACCUUCUUCCUAUAGUUGCCAAUCUUGGACAGACCAGUGCAGAUCUUGAAAACACGAGGGGAGCCCGAGGACAGUUCCUAACUGUGAUUGGGGCAUUUUGGCACCUCACAAAGGAAGGGAAAUGCACAUCCCUCGUAAGAGUGGCGCUACUAAACUGCUUAAAAACCCUGCUUGAGGCCGAUCCUUAUUCUGAAUGGGCUGUUCUCAGUGUAAUGGGAAAAGACUUAUCCGUGACUCAAGUUUUUCCCCAGUUCCUUGCUGAUAGCCACCAUCGAGUCCGCAUGCUCGCUGCAAAGUCAAUAAACAGAUUAUUCCAGGAUCUUCGAAAAACAAAGUCUUCUGGGUUAUCGAAAGCGCUUCCUUUGAAGUUCCAGCAGAUGGCUUUUGAAAACGCGUACCUGAAAGUUCAAGAAGGCAUGAAAGAUACGCCUCAAGAUGCCGUUUGUCCCGAGGAAGUCCAGGAUGAGCGCUGUAAUAGAAAAGCUGUCUUAGUGACACUGAUAUCCAUGAUUUUAUACUGUAGCCCUGUCUGUGAGAAACAGGCUCUAUUUGCCAUGUGCCAAUCUGUGAAAGAAAACGGACUCGAACCACAGCUUAUAAAAAAGGUUUUGGAGAGAGUGUCUGAAAUUUUUGGGUAUCGUCGUUUAGAAGACUUCAUGACUUCUCAUUUAGACUAUUUGGUAAUGGAAUGGCUGAAAUUACAAGAUACCGGCUACAGCUUAUCGUCUUUUCCUUUCAUUUUAUUAAACUACAAAAAUCUUGAGGAGUUCUACAGGUCUUGUUAUAAGGUUUUAAUUCCCCAUCUUGUGAUUAGAAGUCAGUUCGAUGAUGUGAAGUCUAUUGCUGACGAGAUUCAAAAGGAUUGGAAAAGUCUCCUGACAGAUUGCUUUCCCAAGAUCCUCGUAAACAUUCUCCCCUAUUUUGUCUACGAAGAAGUGGGAGACCCUGACAUAUCACAACAAAGAGCUAUAGCGUCUAAAGUCUACGAUAUGCUAAAAGAUGAAAGCUUCUUAGGAAAACAGCAGAUUGACCAUUUACUUAAUAGCAACUUGCCUGAGAUCGUGGUGGAGCUGUUGAUGACAUUACACGAGCCAGCCAGCCCAGAAGUGGGUCAGAGCACCAGCCUUGCUCAGUUUUCAGGAGACCUGGAUCCUGCUCCUAACCCUCCUCAUUUUCCCUCUCAUGUGAUCAAAGCCACUCUGACUUAUAUCAGCAAUUGCCAUAAAACCAAGUUAACAAGCAUUUUAUCCAUUCUUUCAAAAACUCCUGAGUCUUUUCAGAAGAUCCUCUUUGCUAUUUGCAAGCAAGCAGCAGAAACCAAUAAUGUUUAUAAAAAACACAGAAUUCUUAAAAUAUAUCAUCUGUUUGUGAGCCUAUUACUCAAGGAGAUAAAAAGCGGCUUGGGAGGAGCGUGGGCUUUUGUUCUUCGAGAUGUAAUUUAUACCCUGAUCCAUCAUCUCAACAAUAGGUCUUCCCAUUUCACGGAUGCCUCCUCACGCAGUUUCUCCCUGUGCUGUGACCUGCUAAACUGUGUUUGCCGAGCAACAGUGACUUACUGUAAGGACGCCUUGGAAAGCCACCUUCACGUUAUUGUAGGCACCCUCAUACCUCUAGUGGGUGGCCAGUUGGAAGUUCAAGAGCAGGUCUUGGGAUUAUUGAAGUAUCUGGUCAUAGAUAACAAGGAUAAUGAACACCUCUACCAAACAAUUAGGCUUUUGGAUCCUUUUCCCGACAGCGCGGUCUUUAAGGACUUGCGACUGACCCAGCAAAAAAUCAAGUACAGUAGGGGACCGUUUUCACUCUUGGAGGAAAUUAACCACUUCUUGUCGGUAAGUGUCUGUGAUUCCCUGCCGUUGACUAGGCUUGAAGGAUUAAAUGAUCUUCGAAAAAAAUUGGAACAACAUAAGGAUCAGAUGAAGGACCUUAUUAAAGAGUCUCAGGAAAACCCAUAUGGUGGCGUUAUGGUGAAGCUUGUUGGGAGUUUGCUGCAGCUAGCCAAGAUGGGGGUAAACCACACCGGUGAAAGACAAGUUUUAGAGGCUGUUGGAAGCUGCUUGGGAGAAGUGGGUCCUAUAGAUUUCUCCACCAUAGCGCUCCAGCAUAGGAAAGAUGCAUCUUAUUCUAAAGCACUUGAUUUAUUUGAAAAUAAAGAACUUCAAUGGGCUUUUGUGAUGUUGAUGCUCCUAAAUAACACUCUGGUAGAAGACAGCGUCAAAGUACGAUCAGCCGCCGUCGCCUGUUUAAAGAAUAUUUUGGCCACAAAAACGGGACAUGAGUUUUGGGAGGUUUACAAGACUACAGCUGACCCUAUGCUAAUGUAUCUACAACCUUUCAGAACAUCCAAGAAAAGGUUUUUAGAAGUACCCAGAAUUGAAAGGGACAAUCCUUGGGAAAGCCUAGAUGAUUUAAGCUUGUGGAUUCCUCAAAAUGGAGAUCACGAACAUUGGAUCCGAGUGCUUACUUGCACCCUUUUGGACAGCGGCGGAGUAACAAGCGACGUUCUUCAGUUAUUAAAGCCAAUGUGUGAAGUGAAAACGGACUUUUGUCAGAAUGUGUUACCCUACUUGAUUCAUGACAUUUUGCUGCAAGACGCAAAUAAAUCGUGGAGAAAUCUCUUGUCUACACAUAUCCAAGGAUUCUUUACUCAUUUUUUCAAAUAUUCCACGCAGUCUAGCCGAUCGGCUACCCCUGCAAAUUUAGAUUCAGAACCAGAGCUCCUGGUGCGAGCACGCUUGGAUAAAAAGUCACGGCGGACAAUGCUCGCUAUUGUGGACUACCUGAGAAGACAGAGGCGACCUCAUUCAAAGACAGUGUUUGAUGACACUUUCUGGCUGGAGUUGAAUUAUCUUGAGGUGGCCAUGGCGGCCCAGUCCUGUGCGGCUCACUUCACAGCACUACUCUACGCAGAAAUCUAUGCCGAUAAGAAAAACUUGGAUGACCAGCAGAAAAGAACCGCUUUCCCAGCAAGCCGAAGUCCAAUGUUUGAAGAAGGAAGUCAAAAUACCACAAUUUCCAGUUUGAGUGAGAAAAGUAGAGAAGAAACCGGAAUAAGUUUACAGGAUCUCCUCAUGGAAAUAUAUAGAAGUAUAGGAGAGCCUGAUAGCCUUUACGGCUGUGGUGGAGGGAAGAUGUUGCAGCCCCUAGCAAGGAUACGAACUUACGAGCAUGAGGCAAUGUGGGGGAAAGCUCUCGUAACGUACGAUCUCGAGACAACACUGUCCCCGUGUACCCGCCAGGCAGGAAUAAUAGAGGCCCUUCAGAAUUCUGGACUGUGCCAUACUCUCUCUACAUACUUAAAGGGGCUGGACAAUGAAAAUGAAGAGUGGUGUGCUCAGCUACACGAGCUUCGUUAUCAGGCAGCUUGGAGAAACAUGCAGUGGGAUCUCUGUACCCCCAGCAAAAAGGAGAUAGAAGAACCUGGCUACCAUGAAUCUCUGUACCAGGCUUUGCAGUCUCUAAGAGAUAAUGAGUUCUCUGCAUUCUCUCAAACCCUCAAAUAUGCCAGGGUGAAGGAAGUGGAAGAGCUGUGUAAAGGCAGCCUGGAAUCUGUAUAUUCCCUCUACCCCGCACUCAGUAGAUUGCAGGCUAUUGGAGAGUUGGAGAAAAUCGGACAACUUUUUCUCAGGUCUGACCCCGAUAAACAGCUCCCCGAAGUUUAUUUGAAGUGGCAGAGACAGUCCCAGCUUCUCAAGGACAGUGACUUUGGUUUCCAGGAGCCCAUCAUGGCUCUGCGAACAGUCAUCCUGGAGAUCCUGAUAGAAAAAGAAACAGAGCAUUCCCAGAGAGAAUGUGUUAAGGACAUUCUCACAAAACAUCUAGUGGAACUCUCCACGCUGGCUCGGACUGCCAGAAACACCCAGCUUCCCGAAAGAGCAAUGUAUCAAAUCAAACAGUACAAUUCAGCUAGAAGCGAAGCCUCUGCGUGGCAGCUAGAGGAAGCUCAAGUUUUCUGGGCUAAAAAAGAGCAGAGUCUUGCUCUGAAUAUUCUAAAACAGAUGAUCAAGAAGCUGGAUUCAAAUUGGUCAGAGAAUGAUUCACGCCUACAGUUAAUACACACAGAGUGUUUGAGAGUCUGUGGAAACUGGUUAGCGGAAACAUGCUUGGAAAGCCCGACAGUUAUCUUGAAGAAAUAUUUAGAAAAGGCAGUGGAAAUCGCUGGGCGUCGGGACGGAGGCAGCAGCGAUGAGUUUAAGAGUGGAAAGCGGAAGGCUUUUCUCUCGUUGGCCCGUUUCUCUGAUACUCAGUACCAGAGGAUUGAGAACUACAUGAACUCAUCAGAAUUUGAGAACAAACAAGCUCUGUUGAAGAAAGCCAAAGAAGAGGUGGGCCUCAUAAAGGAGCACAGGGUCCAGAUGAGCAGAUACACCGUGAAGGUUCAGCGGGAGCUGGAGCUGGAUGAAUGUGCAAUCCGGGCCCUGAAGGAGGAUCGGAAACGUUUCCUAUGUAAAGCAGUUGAGAACUACAUUAGCUGUUUGUUAAGUGGAGAAGAACAUGACAUGUGGAUAUUCCGACUCUGUUCCCUCUGGCUGGAAAACUCUGGAGUGUCUGAAGUCAACGUCAUGAUGAAGAAAAGCGGCUCAAAGAUUCCUUCAUACAAGUUUCUGCCUCUUAUGUACCAGUUGGCUGCUAGAAUGGGAACCAAGAUGACGGGAGGACUUGGGUUCCAUGAAGUUCUGAAUAACCUCAUUGCUCGAAUUUCCCUAGAUCAUCCUCAUCAUACUUUGUUUAUUAUACUGGCCCUGGCAAACGCAAACAAAGACGACCUUUUGCAAAGUGCAGAGGGAGCAAAGAGAAGCAAAAUAUCUAAAAAUGUGCCGAAACAAAUCUCCCAACUUGACAUGAAUCGAAUGGAGGCCGCCAACAACAUCAUAAAUAUCAUAAGGAGUAGUCGCGCUCACAUGGUCAGAGGUGUUGAGACCCUGUGCGAUGCUUAUAUUACAUUAGCAAACUUGGAUGCCACUCCGUGGAAAGCUCAGAGAAAAGGCAUCCGUAUCUCGGCUGACCAACCAAUCACAAGACUAAAGAAUCUGAAAGAUGUGGUUGUCCCCACCAUGGAAAUUAAGGUGGACCCAACCGGGAAGUAUGAAAAUCUGGUGACUAUUUCCUCAUUUAAGCCAGAAUUCCGUUUGGCAGGAGGCCUCAAUCUGCCGAAAAUAAUAGAUUGCGUGGGCUCAGAUGGCAAGGAAAGGAGGCAGCUUGUCAAGGGUCAAGAUGACCUGAGACAAGAUGCUGUAAUGCAGCAGGUUUUCCAGAUGUGUAACACGCUACUCCAACGAAACACUGAAACCAGAAAGAGAAAACUGACUAUCUGUACUUAUAAGGUGGUUCCCCUGUCUCAACGAAGCGGGGUCCUGGAGUGGUGCACGGGGACCGUGCCCAUCGGCGAAUUCCUGGUCAACAGUGAAAAUGGAGCCCAUAAGAGGUAUAGGCCAAAGGACUUCAGUGCUCUACAGUGCCAGCAGAAAAUGAUGGAUAUACAGAAGAAAUCCUUUGAAGAAAAAUACGAAACCUUCCUGGAGGUCUGCAAUAAUUUUCAGCCGGUGUUCCGCUAUUUCUGCAUGGAGAAGUUCCUGGAUCCAGCAGUUUGGUUCGAGAGGCGGCUGGCGUACACUCGCAGCGUGGCGACUUCAUCCAUCGUUGGCUACAUACUUGGACUUGGCGAUCGUCACGUACAGAACAUCCUGAUAAAUGAGCAGUCAGCAGAGCUUGUUCACAUAGAUUUAGGAGUGGCUUUUGAGCAGGGUAAAAUCCUUCCCACUCCAGAAACGGUGCCUUUCAGGCUAACCAGGGACAUAGUAGACGGGAUGGGUAUCACAGGUGUGGAAGGGGUCUUCAGAAGAUGCUGUGAGAAAACGAUGGAGGUCAUGAGAAACUCCCAGGAAACUCUGUUAACCAUUGUGGAGGUCCUGCUCUACGAUCCUCUCUUCGACUGGACCAUGAACCCCUUGAAAGCUUUAUAUUUACAACAGAGGCCAGAAGAUGAGACUGAGCUGAACUCCACUCUGAAUGCCGAGGACCAGGAAUGUAAUCGAAAACUCAGCGGUGUCGACCAGAGCUUCAACAAGGUGGCCGAGCGGGUGCUGAUGAGGCUGCAGGAGAAACUCAAAGGAGUGGAGGAGGGCACCGUGCUCAGCGUUGGGGGGCAGGUCAACCUGCUCAUACAGCAGGCCAUGGACCCCAAAAAUCUCAGCCGCCUCUUCCCGGGCUGGAAGGCCUGGGUGUGAAUUCUGCCAUGGGACUCGGAUUCGGAAGGACUACUUGUUUGGCAUUCACCUUCUGCCCAACCUGACUUCUGCCACCGUCUGACCUUUCAGAAACACUGUCAUUCAGUCUCCGGCCUGGUCUUGCUGCGUGGCAUUUCGGCUUCACAAGGCUCUAUAGCAGGUGAGUGUCCGUAACCCCAAGACAGGCUGCUAUCACUGAAAAACGUCUAUUCUCUUCAGGACCCGAAAGGAUAAUGGUAAAAAAACAACACAAAAACCCUCCAGCUUACCUUUGCUUUGGAUUUCGUCCUUUGAAGUAAAUUCUCUCUCUUGAUGGUGGUGUACAACAGUGAAGGGUAGCUUCACCCUAAAUGGAAAAAAGUAUGAAUCAGAUGAUUGCAUAUUGAUACUGCUUCUAUUUUCCCCUGUUGAAUGCCUAUAAAUGUUCCACUGGAUCUGAGCCGUCGGUUUCCUCUGUAUGAAGCACUCUGCCAAGUGGGGGGAUGGUGACAAAUAACGUAUCGUAUCAUCAGGAGUGGCAUUUAUUGAGCGCUUACUGAGUGCUGAACUAAGCGCUUGAGUUAUCCUUUUUAAAUUCUCAUGCACAAAAGAGGAAAAAGAGCUAAUUAAAGUCGAUACUGGCGGCAUGUUCUGAAACGAUGAGAGCCGCAUUCAAACUUAAAAGUGGAAAAAGACAAAAAAGGGCCGUAUCAGGUUUUAAGGGCCACCUACCUUACGAGGUUAAUUUUGAACCAGGUUUAACCCUGAUUUUUACGUUGAAAGAUAACAGAAGACGUAAUAUUAGGGAGACGUAAUUACAACAUUUUUAGCAGCACUUCCUAUAUCAAAUCGGGCUUAUUUUACUCUUUUUUUCUGAACAUGACCGACUCCUUUCCACUUCUAACUGAACACUAACUGAAUUGAGUCCAAAAGUUCUGAAUUUGGAUUCAAUAGAGUUAGAGAUGUCACACAGGAAACACAGGGCUUCCCUUUAAAGAACGUGGAAGCCAGUGAAGAGACUUUUACCUCUCGCAUUUUGCUACAGAAGCUGCUGAAUUUGGGCCUUUCCAUGUUUCUUGGAGGGCAGGAGUAAAAGAUGGACUUCAGCUCUUCCUCCCCGUCCCUACUGCUGCUGCUAAGAGGAUUGGUUAGAGCUGAAAGGGGGUUACUUUCUUGCUGACGAAGGCUUUGUCCAUCAUUUCCCUGCCAAAAUUCACCCUAAUUUCCCCAGACGAUGAUUUAUUUGUAGUCUGACAUGUCCUUCUGUUUUGCUUUGUUUAACUUUGGUAGGCAACAGGCGAUCUUUAGACCAGAAACUAAAUCUGCACUUUCCUCAAAGGCAAGCUGACCCGAUGCAUUUUUUCUUUAAACGGAGUCAAACCCUUCAUCAGUUUAGUUUGCAACAAGUGCAUUAUUUUGUAUGUAUUUCCGUCAUUUCAUUUUGUAUAUGUUUCAGUGUAUUUUGUAUGUUUAUCACCGUUUAAAUGCGAGUCCUCUCUAAUGAAAUGUCUAGGCCAGAUUGUUAAAAUGACCGACUUGGCCUCAACAACGGGGGGUGGGGGGUCCUAAAUUAUGGGCGAGUAUGAAUUUUGGCUUUACGAGGCAGGAAGGAAGGAAGCUCUCUAAAUUGUUUUGGCUCCUGCAACCGAGCUUCGGUGUCCCGCGGACCAGCUCAGGGUCUCAGAGCAGUGACUUGGGUGGUGACAGGAAAGAUCAGAAGCCGAGAGCACUUACCCAAUCACUCUCCCCUCACGCCGGACGAGACGAAAAGCCGGGCCCCGCUCGCGACCGCGCUGCUGCUUCGGCCGAUUCAGGAUCGCUUCUGGCAGAGAAGUAGAUCGAAGGCAGGGCCUGUUCAAGCUGGCUGUGGUCGGAAGACGGUUUAACUAGGAACCAAACCAGAGUCCCUUCCCCGACAUAAUCAGGUACAUAAAAAGGCAUGGCUGGGUUUAAGGUACAAAGAAACCGAAAGCCAAUUACAUCUCGAGAGAAUAACCAUUCCCUUUUAAAAGACAGGGAAUAAAAUAAUCAGAGACAAGGUAUACAAAUGUUGGGAACAUUAAAUUUCCCAAGAGGGCUUAUGCUAAAUUGGAUCUGUUGGAUUAAGCUAACGCUGCUGUGAAACCUUUUUAGAGAGGAAAAGGUCCUGCUGGCUUUGAAUGUAGGAAUAAAGUAUAUUUUAAAUGUUUUUGCUAAACAGGAAUAGAAUUGUAUUUCAUGAAAUUUUUUAUACCUGUUUUGGAACGUUACCUUCUACCAAAAUCUCAAUAAAGAAUCCUUGUCCGGGUAGAUACUACCGGACGCGGUGGAA